UUAAGUAUGUUGCCAAAGUUCAAUUUCAAGUUUUUUGGUGGAAAUGCUAGUGAAGAACCAGCUAAUCCUGUUCAAACAACCGAACAAGAACGCGUAGAAGUUAAUGCUAACAAUGUAGUUGUUUCUGAAGAAGAAACUACGGAGCAAAAUUCUGAAGAAGAAUUUGUAGAAGUUAAUUCUGGAGAUGUAGUCAGCUAUGCAGAUGAAGCAAUGGAACAAGCACCUUCUAAAAGUGGUAUAGUUUCCUAUGCACUACUUGCUGCAAAAGGUGGAACUCAAGCUUUAUAUGCAACAGCAUUAGUUAUGGGAUAUACCCUGAAAGGUAUUUCAUAUUUUAUAGCUGGUGCAUCUCAUGUCCCAUAUGAAAUGUCAAAGCUGAUAGAAACGCACAAAGAUCAACAAAAAACUACUGUAGAAGGAUUUGAAAAUACUACAAAACAUACAGUUCUUGUUUAUGCGGGUGGAUUCUUCUAUGGUACAUCUGGUGCCAUGUAUGGUUUAUCAUACAUACCAUACUGUGCUGGAGCAGUACUAUUACAAGUAGCUUAUGCUUCAGAUAGCGCAAAUAAAUAUUUAUCCCCUGAAAAAAUAGAGGAAAUUUGUGCUUAUACAAAUUCAUUGUUGCAGAGCAAACCUGGUAGCUUAGAAGAAAUUAAUGUGAACAGUGCUGCACCAACAGCAACACUGGCUGCUUAAUUAAAUAGGCUCAGUGCAUGU